GAGCGACCAGAGAACCUGGCGCCCUUCAUGAUCAAGUGGCUCACCGAGCACGCCAAGACGCCGGCAGCCGCCGCCCUGACCGAGGGCGUCAACGAGCUGGAGGAGCUCAAGGCGGAGCACAGGAAGCUGCAGGCGGAGGUGCAGCAGCUGGAGGCGGAGGUGGGCGAGCUGUCCGACAAGAAGGGGGACGAAGACGAGGAAGAGGAGGAAGAUGACGACGACGAUGAUGAGGAACUUGCAGAAGCGCCGCCUGAAGCGUACAUGAAGAAGGUCCGCUCCUCGGUGUCCGCGGAGGCGUACGGGGUGUGGAACCAGCGCCAGGCCUUCGUGCCGCCCGUGCACGCGAAGUCGGAGGAGCAGCAGACCCGCAUCCGAGGGGUGUUGGGCAAGUCCUUCCUGUUCAAUAGCCUGGAGGCCGAUGCCCAGAAGACCAUCGUCGACGCUAUGCAG